AUUUUCAGGUUCAGUUUAUUAUGCAUUAAAGUAUAUAUAAAUAUUAUUGCUCAUUAGAUUUGUCAUCCUGCAGAAGCUUCUUUUCCGGAAAAGAAAAUUACUGGUUUACCACUACUGGUUUACUUGUCGAGGGAAAUCAAAUUUAUUGGUUUUACGUCCUCCUGCGUAUUUAUUAUUGCUCAGCAUGCUUGUAUGGUUUGCGUUUGGUGUGCUUUUUGCAUUUGCAAGAAGCGAUCAAGUCGAUCCACUUACUGAUAGGGAACAUUUCAAGGCUGGCGGACAUGACAGCAGAUUUGACCAUGAGGCCUUUCUCGGUAAAGAUACUGCUGAAUCCAAGGACGUCGUAAGCAAAGAACGCCUUGCGAAGUUAGUUGCGAAAAUGGACGUAGAUGGUGAUGGUUUCUUGGAAGAAUCUGAACUGAAAGACCACAUUGACUUCAUGCAAAAACGAUAUGUUAAUAAUGAUGUUGAUCGAACAUGGAAAAAUUAUAAUGCGGAGAAAGUUAAGGAUGGGAAAAUCUCAUGGAAAGAUUACAUAGAAAUGGUUUAUGGAACAGUAGGUGAAGGACAAGAGUUGAGUGCUGAAUACCAAAAGAUGAUAACACGUGAUGAAAGAAGGUGGAAGAAGGCUGAUUAUGAUUCGGAUGAAAUGCUUGAUCGAACUGAAUAUGGUUGUUUUAUGCAUCCUGAGGACUGCGAUCACAUGCGCGAUGUUGUUGUUCAGGAGACACUCGAAGACAUUGAUAAAAACAAAGAUGGAUUUGUAGAUCUUGAUGAAUAUAUCGGUGACAUGUACAGACCGGAAGACUAUCCAGAAUUGAACGGCAAAGAGCCGGAAUGGGUUGCCAGUGAACGACAAAUGUUCAAGGAACAUCGAGAUAAAGACGGUGACGGCAAACUGGAUCAAGAUGAAAUGAGGGACUGGAUAAUGCCUGUAGGUUUCGAUCAUGCUGAUGCAGAAGCAAAACAUUUAAUUGGCAUCGCCGAUGAAGACGGAGAUGGAAAGUUGUCUCUAAAAGAAGUGUUGGAUCAUUACGACACGUUCGUUGGAUCACAAGCAACCGAUUAUGGUGAGCAACUAAAUAAACAUGAUCCUGCUGAACUUUAAAUAGGUAAUGAGAGUAACGGUUAAUUUGAGACGUCUACACACUUUUUCGGAUUCAAAUGCUCUGUGACUAAUGUUAUUUGGUACAAUGCUCUUCUGCUUAACUAAUGUAUGAAGUUUGAUAUCCGAUAUAUACUGCAAUGACCAAUGACAUGUUCUGAAAUAUACUUAUUUAAGACUUCCCUAAGCCAAAAAAAUUACAAACGGAGAGAGGUUUGGUCAGUCUCCACCGUAGUGUUCACAUAUGCUACUUUUUGCUUUGUUACUCAAUUUGAGCUACUUAUACUUUGUUGUUCAACGUAGCUAGUGUUGCUGCUUUUUGAAUCUCUACUUUCCAAUAUUAUAUGAUAAAUUCAAUCUAUUAUAUGAUAAUUAGCUUAUCAUGUCGAAGUGAAUUGGGAAGUUAAUUAUAACAUAUAUUCUUAUACAGAGAAGUAGGAAACCGGAGACCAAAAAAAACCGAAGAUCGGGAAAGAAAAGUGAUUUUUUUGGUAGAAAUUAAUCUGUUAGAUCUUCCUAAAAUAGACGCGAUAUAUACAUGGAGUAUUUUAAACAAAGCGACACCAACAAUAUCACAUCAAAUAUGCAACUUCCAAAAUUGUGUCGGCACAACAGAGUGACCAGUACCAAACUAUAAUCUAAUGCGUGCAUGUGAUCUGAGGCCUCAAGUCCAACAAAUGUCUACUAAAUGAAAUCUUCGAAAGCUUCGGAAUUAUUAUUCAUAACAUUACUUGCAUGAACCGUUGUAAGGAUUCUCUAGAAAUUUCUUAACUCGAAAACGGAGAAAGCCUUAUUAUUAUCUAACCACUUUUGACCCACUAGUCCACCUUCUAUGGCGGAUUUAGUCAUGGAGCACUGCGGACAUGACACAUAAACUCAUGCAAAAUAUCUGAAAGGAAAAAAAAAAUUUUCUGAAAGCAAAUAUCAACAUGUUUGCGAGUAAGGCUUGCACAACAGUG